CCUGUUGAAGUUAGGUCUUGAAAUUCAGUUUAAUAUUUUUAAAUAACAAUGACCGCUGAAAAUGAAAAAUGUGAAAAAAAGUCCAUUUCUGAGGAAAAUCAUACAAAAGCAGAAAAUAUCAAUAAUUUCCCACAAAGGAAGGAAAAUGUACAACCUCGUAGAUGGUAUGAGAAAAUUCUUUUCUAUGAAAAGAACGAACAAGUUCUUAAAACAAAAUGUGAAAUGAACGUUGCGAAAUGUGUGAAAGAGAGUCCUAUAGUUAAGCUAAUGUUGAAUGCCUUAAAGAGUUCUGGAUGCGAGUUCGAUAUCGCCCGACAUAUUUCGUGUGAUUUAUGCGAGGAAACAGUUUCCGGCGGUUAUGACGCAGAACUCAAUCAGGUUAUAAUUUGCUACAAUAUGUGUACCAACCAAAACUAUGUGCUAAGUACUUUAACACACGAGUUGAUUCAUAUGUUUGAUUACUGUCGUAACAAACUGGAUUAUAAUAAUUUGGAUCAUUUAGCUUGUACGGAGAUCAGAGCAGCUAACCAAUGCCAUUGCAGCUUCCUUGGAGCAAUGUAUCGAGGAACUGCCUCACCUUUCCAUAUAAAACAGGCACAUCGGGAUUGUGUUACAGACAAGGCUAUCAGAUCAGUACUUGCUGUAAAAGAGGUGUCGAAGGACGAUGCAACAGCUGCUGUAAUGCGAGUUUUCGAUAGAUGUUACAAUGAUUUAGAACCAAUUGGAAGACGAAUUCGACGAAAGUCGAACGAUAUGCGAAAAGCAUAUUUUGAAGGAUCAUAUUAUGGAUAUUCAGAUUAACAUAUAUACGUUUUACAAAAAUGUGAUUCUACGUUUAAUUUGUCCUGUUUCGAUACUUCGAAAUAAAUAAAAA